AUGGCUGCGAAGACGGCCGACGAACUGUCCAAGCUCGCCUUGAAUGGCGCCAAAGACAAGGACGACAACCCCUCGAUAAGUGGCAAAGCCAAAGAAACAAAUGGCAACCUCAGCGAUCAGGAUGACAGCGAAGACGCCGAAGACGCCGCUCAAGGUGCCGGAGCACCCACUGCCGCGAAGAAAAAGAAGAAGAGAAAGCCCAAGAAGAAGAAGGCUGCCCCGAAGGAGCAGUCAGACCCACCGCGUGUGAAGCUGUCGCAAUUGUUUCCCAGCGGCAACUACCCUGCUGGUGAAGAGGUGGAAUACAAAAAUGACAAUGCCUACCGGACCACGAGCGAAGAGAAGCGUCAUCUAGAUCGUGUCAAGUCAGAGUGGCUCAGUGAUUACCGUCAGAGCGCUGAGAUCCACCGUCAAGUGCGCCAGUGGGCGAAGGCAAACAUCAAGCCUGGCAUGAGCCUGACAGAAAUCGCCGAAGGCAUUGAAGAUGGUACACGUGCACUGACUGGCCACCCGGGACUUGAAGAGGGAGACAACAUUGUCGGUGGUGUUGGUUUCCCGACUGGACUGAACUUGGACCACAUUGCAGCACAUUACAGUCCCAAUGCGGGCAACAAGACCAUUCUGCAAGAAAAUAAUGUCAUGAAGGUCGACUUUGGCGUUCAUCUGAAUGGCUACAUUGUCGACUCAGCAUUCACCAUCGCUUUUGACCCUAAAUACGACAAUCUACUCAACGCUGUGAAGGACGCCACCAAUACUGGCAUUCGAGAGGCUGGCAUCGACGUUCGAGUUGGUGAUAUCGGUGCCGCCAUCCAAGAGACCAUGGAGUCCUACGAGCUCGAGCUCGAUGGCAAGACGUACCCUAUUAAGGCCAUCCGCAAUCUCAACGGCCAUGACAUCGUCCAAAACAGCAUCCAUGGCGGCAAGUCAGUGCCCAUAGUGAAGAGCAAUGACCAAACCAAAAUGGAAGAGGGUGAGGUCUUUGCUAUCGAGACGUUUGGAUCUACCGGCCGCGGCUACGUCACAGAUGAUCUCGAGUGCUCGCACUAUGCGCUACGUGCUGAUCACCCUAACGUUCCGCUGCGUGUUUCUUCGGCGAGAAAUCUGCUGAGCGUGAUCAAGAAGAGCUUUGGCACUCUCCCUUUCUGCAGACGUUAUUUGGACAGACUGGGCCAGGAGAAGUAUUUGCUUGGCUUGAACAACUUGGUCAGCAGCGGCAUUGUCGAGGCGUAUCCGCCGUUGGUUGAUAUCAAGGGCAGCUACACGGCUCAGUUCGAGCACACCAUUCUGCUGAGACCCACCGUAAAGGAGGUCAUCAGCCGUGGCGAUGACUAUUGA